AUGCCGAUUGAACAUACUCCAGUGAAAGAAGUAAAUACCGCACAGAAGAUGUCGGAUAUGAAAACCUCAGUUCAUCUACGUGGCCAAGUCAAGGCCAAAAUAACGCGCAUUCGUAAAGCGAUUGACGAGGCUAACGCGACAAAUGCUCAAUAUGACUCCGCGCAAUUGAAAAUGUUUUCCCACAAUCUGGAAAAUCAUUACAAAGAGUUCUUGAACAUCCAUCAUCAUGUGGUGGCAGUGUGCCCUCCCGAGAGAAUUGAUGAGCAAGAUCAAGUAUACCUGGUGUUCGAAACACAAUUCAAUGAAACCUAUGUGUUGCUGGAACGAGCAAUACAGGCAAGCCGUGACCGUUCCGUGGUCCAACCGCAAGUGCAAACCAACGAAAGCCCUCGCAUCAUUGUUCAGCAGCAGCCAUUAAAGGCUCCAAUUCCAACUUUCGAUGGCAAACCAGAAAAUUGGCCUCGCUUUAAAACCAUGUUUUCGGAUGUGAUGCGAUCCUCCACCGACUCAGAUUGCAUCAAGCUGUACCAUCUCGAACGCUCUCUAGUAGGAGCAGCUGCUGGCAUUAUCGACGCACGCACUCUCAAUAACAACAAUUACGCCCACGCUUGGGAAAUUCUCGAAGACCGUUUCGAGAACGAACGGGUAAUCGUUGAUAUCCAUAUCCAAGGUUUAUUAAGUCUCCGUCGUCUGAACCGGGAAAAUCAAAAAGAGCUACGAGAACUCAUCGAUGAAGUGACUCGGCACGUCGAUGGGUUAGCACUUAUCGACAACGAGUUGGAUGGAGUCGGAGAGAGAUUUGUAGUUAAUCUUGUGUCUGGAGCAUUAGAUAAGGAUACCAGGAAAGAAUGGGAAGCAUCCAUCCCGCAUAAGGAAAUUCCAUCCUACGAAGACACCAUUGAAUUUCUAAAGAAACGGUGUGCCAUCCUCGAACGCUGUGAAGGUUCAUCGAAAAUUCCAUCAAUCAUGAAGCCAUAUAUCCCUGUAAAGAAUGCUGCCAACCAAAUGAAGAACGCACAAGCCAAAUCAUGUGCUAUUACCAGAAGUUCCGAGACAAUUUGUGAUAUAUGUUCUGGUAUGCAUUCCAAUUUCAAAUGUGAGGUUUUCCGUGCCAUGUCCAUUCCUCAACGCCAAGCAAAGGUUCGAGAGCUGCGAAUGUGCUACAAUUGUCUACAAAAAGGUCAUCCAGUCAGUUCCUGUAGUUCAUCCAGAACCUGCCAGAAAUGCCAAGGUCAACAUAACACACUUUUACAUGUUGAGAAAACAUCCUUUGUGAAUACGAAACCUGUGCCAUUCAAACAAGAGCUUGGACAAAUCCCAAAAGUUCCUGAAGAAAAACCUAUUACAACAUCUUGUUCAAUAAAUAAGGCUCCUCUUGAUAAUAGCCUUUUGAUGACGGCUGUUGUUAAUAUUCUGGAUAGUAAUGGCAAAUUUCAUCCAUGCCGAGCAUUUUUGGAUUGUGGAUCGCAGGCUCACUUGAUAUCGGCAAGACUUCUGCAAAUGCUAAAGCUUCCACACAUUCCUGCCAAGGUUGAGAUUAUUGGGGCCAAUGGAAAAAAGACAACUCUCAACAAUAUGGCCAAAACUGAAAUACGUUCCAUACAUUCCGAUUAUCAUGCACAAAUAGAGUGCCUCGUUACAGAUCGGAUCACAGGUGUGAUGCCAUCUCGAAAAAUCAACACGCAAUUCUGGUCAAUUCCUCCCGGAUUACCACUUGCAGAUCCAACGUUCCACAUUCCAGGGGAAAUAGAUCUCUUGAUAGGAAUCAAGCUAUUUUUCCAACUACUGAUGCCAAAUCAGCUGAAGAUUUCCAACGAUCUUCCUAUACUUCAAGAAACUCGUCUAGGAUGGGUUGUCGCUGGAGCUAUGGACGACGAAAACGUGGAUUUAAUCUACAACCGACAACAGUGCCAUGCUGUCAUUCUUGAACCACUGAAUAAAACCAUGGAAAAGUUUUGGUUUCUGGAAUCCGUCGGAUCAUCUCCAUUGCUAUCUAACGAAGAGCAGCAAUGCGAAUCCAAAUACUGUUCAACAACUACUCGUGAUAUCAACGGUCGCUACAUCGUCCAGCUACCUUUGAAGGACACAGCAUCUAACCUAAAGAGCAAUCGAUCCCUUGCUCUCCGUCGAUUUUUUAUGCUAGAACAGAGACUUAAGAAAAAAAUACGAGAUGAAGGAGUUAUACGGCAAAUUUAUUGA